CUGUGAAGAACACCGGGCACGGUGCAGAUCCCAGAGCAGCUGUGAGUAAAGACUUGUCCAGAAGCUAUUGGCUCUAAAAAUACAAACCGCUUCCAAGUCAGUAGUAAAAACACACCUCGAAGAGUAGUACCAUCGAGGCGUUAACAUUUUAUUCUUGUAAGAUUUUUUUGCUCAAAACUCGCAGCCGCUAAAAUGGAAACACAGUAACUGAGCGAAAAUUGCUGGCGGAGAAUGCAACAAAGGGAAAGUUUUUUUUGUUUUCGACCGAAUUGUGGGAGUAYUACAGUCACGCCGUGACCCAGAGAAACUGCUCUGCUCAUCUCCGACAGAAAGACUCCAUGGCAUAAAGCUCGUCCUCAGAUUCAUCUUCUCCUUGAGGAAUUCUGUUGUGGAGCUCACCACUCUGACACACUGCUGCCUAWAACCACAGCCUGAAGGAAACUAGGAAGCAGUCGGCAGGAGACAUGCCUGCCCUGGCCACAGGAGCCGGCCAUGAGACAGGCCUGUACGAGCUGCUGGCAGCCCUGCCAUCCCAGCUGCAGCCUCACGUUAGCCGUCCUGAAGACAACACUUUCCUUCAGGACAUGUUUGGGGAGAGAGGUCUGCGCUCACUUGUAAAGAUCCAUGAACGGCUGCAGUACUAUGAAGAGAGAAAACCUGUCCCCAUCCUGGACUGUUCUGCAGCUGUGGCUCAAGAAUUGUCUGUAGAUCUGGAUGGAAAAUCAGAGAAUGGAGAUGUUAAAGAGCUUCUGAAACUUCUGAAUAAAGCUCAUGUGAAGAGCCUCCUGUUUGUCCAUGACACUGUUGCUAAGAAGAGUUAUGACCCUGAACUACCUCCACUGCCUGACGACGUUGAUGACAACGAGGAUUCUGUGAAAAUUAUCAGGCUGGUGAAAAACAAGGAGCCUCUU